UUUGCUAAAACACUAGCACACUGAUAUUUUGCUUUAUUAUUGCCAGUAAGUAUAAGUAUGAACUGCAAAAGAAGAAAAAGGAGCAGCAAAAGAAAAAUGCUGCCAGCCGCAUGGAUUUGAAGGAGCUCAAAAUGGGUUAUAAUAUUGAUUCUCACGAUUAUUCAGUGCGUUUGAAAGCUGCUCAGAAGUUCUUGAAAGAUGGUGACAAGGUAAAAAUCAUAGUGAACUUAAAAGGCCGUGAAAAUGAGUUCAGAAAUAAUGCUAUUGAGCUACUUAGGCGUUUUCAGAAUGAUGUUGGUGAGGUAAGCAUGAUUUUUUUUCUCGCGCAAAAAGUAAAUAUUAGUCGUGAUGCACUGUGCCUGCAGUGUCCAGAAGAUGUAAAUAGGUUUAAAAGCGUGAACACUAAGAUCACAACCUGGUCCUUUAAUAUGAAAACAUACAUGAGAAGGUAUUGGUAAAACCCAAGAUAUAUU